AAGUUAUGCAGCCCCCGACAUAAAUGACAAAAGCUAAUAAUGCCCGUCUCCCCUUACUCUUUGGGCAUGUAUUCUCCUCGAGUGAUAACCUUCUCUCCCCAUCUUAAUUAUUCCUUCUUUUUCUUUGGCAGAGCCUUUUUUUUUGUUCUUGGGAAGUAAUUACACUCAACAAGCUGCCACUCUUUUAUAUCCAUAAUGGCGGGAGUCUCGCCUUCGCCGAAGACACCGUCCGUCGACGUUGAGAAUGAAAUCACCAAGAAACCCUCCCUGGACGACGACGCCACCAUUACUAUAGACCUGGAGGCUGGCUGCACCGACCCCGAGGAGAAACGGCCUGUUACGGAAGAUGAAGACGACCCCAACCUCGUGUCCUGGGAUGGACCAGAUGAUCCUCAGAAUCCCAAGAACUGGCCGGAUUCCAAGAAGUGGUUCAAUAUCGCUGUGCUCUCCAUCUUAACCAUCAUCACCCCACUGGGCUCGUCGAUGUUUGCGCCGGGAAUUCCCAAGAUUAUGGUCGAGUUUCACAGCUCGUCUUCCACCACGGCCACCUUCGUCCUAUCCGUCUACAUUCUUGGCUUCGCCUUCGGACCUCUUUUAAUUGCCCCCUUGAGCGAGAUAUAUGGCCGCGUACCGCUCUACAACCUCGGGAACCUCCUGUUCACCAUCUUCACGGUUGGCGCGGCCCUGAGUACCAACAUGGGGAUGCUGAUGGCAUUCCGUCUCCUCAUGGGGCUGGCCGGCGCCGUCCCCAUUACUAUCGGAAGUGGGACGAUUGCCGACAUCAUGCCGGUGGAAAAGAGAGGUAGGGCCAUGUCUGCAUGGGCUCUCGGCCCUUUGCUCGGCCCCUGUGUGGGCCCGGUGGCUGGAGGAUAUCUCAUCGAGGCCGCAGGUUGGCGAUGGGUCUACUGGUUGAUCACGAUUCUGGGCGGUAUCUUCAUCCCAAUUGCCUUCUUUGCGCUAAGCGAGACCUAUGCACCAGUCCUACUUGAGCGCAAGGUUCGCCGCUUGCGUAAGGAGACGGGGAACCUGUCACUGCAAACCAAACUGGGGAGACAGAGCACCGUGACGGACCAGUUCAAGGCGGCCAUCAUCAGGCCGAUGAAGCUCUUGCUGCUGACGCCUAUUAUCACACUCAUGGCAUUAUACGUCGCCAUCACGUAUGGAAUCUUGUAUCUCCUGAUCACCACCUUCUCCUUUGUCUACACCGGACAGUAUGGCUUCGGCGAGGGUACGGUCGGCCUCACAUACCUGCCAGCCGGGAUUGGUAUGAUGAUUGGGGUCAUCACCUUUGGCCAGGUCUCGGACCGCCUGGUCAAAUCUCAGCAGGCGAAAGGGUUGGAGGCCCAGCCAGAAAUUCGACUCAAGCCAGCGGUCACAAUGCCAAGCGGCAUCGCCCUCCCCAUCGGGCUCUUCAUUUACGGUUGGACCGCCGACAAAGGCGUCCACUGGAUCGUACCCAUGAUCGGUGUGGUUAUUUUCACCGCAGGACUCAUGGGGGUUAUGAUGUCGGUCCAGAACUACCUCCUUGACUCGUACCCGCAGUAUGCCGCCUCGGUGACAGCCGCCCUGACGGUGCUGAGGUCUCUGCUUGGGGCCCUCCUGCCAUUGGGGGGCUUGCAGAUGUACGACGCGCUCGGCCUUGGCUGGGGGAACAGUUUGCUUGCAUUCAUUUCGCUUGCCUUGGUUCCCAUCCCACUCGUGUUUUUCCUUUUCGGGAAGCGCCUGCGAACGAGGUUCAAUCCUGCGCUGUAAACCUGUCGGUGGAUAAACAAUUAGCAUUUUAAUCUUCUUACCCUAGGUAUUAUAGAGCAGGCGGAUGAGGGAUAGAUAAUUGUCCAUCGCCAUAUCUAAUUAGUCGAGGACAAGGCAAAAGGAAUAGACAUGACCAGCCUAUGCUUUCAUCUGCUGGGAGAAAAAUAAAUCGAGAC